AGUGUGUAAACAAAGUUUCAGAGUCAGACCUUCAAAGAAAGAUGUUGUAAGUUGCUGAAUCUUCCUGCAGAGGAACAUGGCGACCAGGGCGCGGCCGCGGGGGGAAGGGAACCCGGACUGGAUGUCUGUUCUGCCGCAGGAGCUGCUGGACGUCCCGCUGUGGGACCUGGCCGUGCCCGGGAGCCACGACAGCAUGUCCUUCUGCCUGGACGUUUCCUCGCCGGUGCUCGGGUCCGAGUCCUGUUUCCUCCGGCUGACCGACAAGCUGGUCCCCCGCUGCACCCGCGCAUGCGUGCUCCGGUGGGGAACCACGCAGCAAUCCGUCCUCAGCGAUCAGUGUGAUCUGGGGAUUCGGUUCUUGGACCUGCGGGUGGCCAGGAAGCCAGCAGGGGGCAGCAGAUUGUUCUUCGCCCACGGGAUCUACACUUUGUUGACUGUGAAAGAGGCCCUGAACGAACUGGCUACGUGGCUGGACGCCCAUCCCAAAGAGAUCGUCAUCAUCGCCUUCUCACACUUUGAAUCUCUGACUGAGGACGAUCACUUGGAUCUGGUGGACUUCAUCAUGUGGCUCUUCAGCAGGAAGCUCUGUCCCUCACAGGACGUUCCCACUCUGCGUUCCUGUUGGUCUAAAGGUCAGCAGGUGAUCGUCUCGUAUGACAACGAGCAGAUGGCGGUGCAGCACGUGGAGCUCUGGACCGGAACACCCUACUGGUACGCCGACAGCCCGGACCCCAAGAAGGUGAUCGCUUACCUGGAGGCACAGAAGCGCAGAGGAAGACCAGCUGGUUUCUACGCCUGCGGCCUGAACCUCACCGAGGACUUCCUGUACGUGCUGCUCCACCCCCUCCAGAACCUGAGGAGGAUGUCGGGGAAGGCGCUGCCGCGGCUGCUGCGCUGGGCCGGGGAGCAGCGGCCGGGGCCUGAAGGGGGCGGAGUCAACAUCGUGUGUGGAGACUUCGUGGGCGUCGGCCAGCUCUGCUCCAUUGUGAUUGGUCUGAACUACAAGCUGCUGGGCCGAGGCUGCACACCCCCCGCCGGUCCUGCAGCCAGGAUACUGGGAGCAGGGGCUGCUGGGAGUCGGCUAACGGCUUAACUCUGGCUCUUACACUGGCUCCAUCCAGGAAUCACUUGUAUUGAAUUUUUUCUUCCAUUUUGAAAGGGCUGGCGAUGGACGGCCUGGUACUUCCUCUCAUCUAACCUGCAGAGAGACACGCCCACUGGUGAUCUCAGUUUCUUCCUUUUCAAACCCACCUUGUAUCCAUCUUAGCAGAUUUUGAACUGUAAUUAAAUCUGUUGCCAUCACAACCAGACUGCUGUACAAGUGGUGAUGUGACAGUAACGUUUUUGUUUUUUGUAAACCUGUACAUCAGCUGCGUCUUCAUUCUAUUUAUUUUCUACUUUGUUUGUUUCACUUUACUGUAUUACUGCUGCAUACUUUUCAUCGUUGUACAUUUAUAUGUAAUUUAUUUCUCUAUACAGAUCAAUAUCUGCUGUCCUGCUGAAUAUACAGGACUGUCUCAGAAAAUUAGAAUAUUGUGAUAAAGUUCUUUAUUUUCUGUAAUAUAAUAAUAAUAAUAAUAAUUGUAAUAAAAAAACAAAAAUGUCAUACAUUCUGGAUUCAUUACAAAUCAACUGAAAUAUUGCAAAACUUUUAUUAUUUUAAUAUUGCUGAUUAUGGUUUACAGUUUAAGAUUCCCAGAAUAUUCACAUUUU